UCAAUUGAGUAGUUCGGCCAUAUUGUAUCCUCCGCCAUUUCAAACACAGUGGAUUUCAUCCCCGAUAUUUCUUUGGAUUUUACAUUACAUUCACAAUGGAUUAAUCAUUCAAUAAGCAAAAUCGAUACCUUAAUACAUCAAGGAUGUGAAUUAAUUCUAAAAUUGGUUUUAAAUGUUUAGUUUGGAAUAAUAUUUCAAUGGAAAACGAGACAAGUAAAAAGCAACGGUUUACUAAACGCCGCGAACGUGCACAAGUAAACCAAGUUCCUGAUUACGGGAGUGGGGAUGAUGACCCCCCAUCAGUCAAAGACAAACCCCGAUCUAAACCCAGGAAGAAGAAAAACAUUGUUAAUUUAUCAGAAGAGGAUGUAAUCGAUGGGUUUGCUAUUCUUAGUUUUAAAAGCUUCGAAGAUCUUGAGAAUUGUAUAAAGGCUUCCACAAAACAGAAUGAAAAAACAGAAACAAAUGUUCUUAAAGAUAAACACAAGUCUUCCAUUAAGAAAAAAGUCAAAAAGCAUCGUCCUCUUCCAUUACCUUCCCCCAGACUGAGGCAGAGUGAGGAGUCUGUUGAACCCAGUUCUAGUGGAGAGCUGACAGACCAUCAUAAAGUCAACAGUCCCAGGAGAAGUACCGAUUCCAGGGACUUGCUCAGUGAGGCAAGUUCUAGCUCUGGGAGAGGCUACUUGUGUGACAGUGAGAGUGGGGACGAUCGGGCAUCGGAUGCAAGUUCAGAUAUAUUUUCCAUAAGUCAUAAUCGAGAAUGUGUUUUACCUUUAACUAAAUCAACAUGCAGCAUCUCUACCACUGUUACAACCUCUUCAACAAGUAAUCUGACCAUCACAUCAACCAAUACUCUGGCUUCACCGACAACCACAUCACCCACUACAACAACUUGUGCUCUGUCCACAUCCUCCGUCAUCACCGAAAGUACGAAAACCACUUGUUCAAUAACUUCUCCAGCAGUAACUGCUACAACAUCUGUGAUAACCAAUGGACCAAGCGUUACAGCUCCCUCCUUGAAAAGGAAAACUCUGUCCCCAUUAAAUAGAGUGUCACCAAUAACAGCCAAAGCGGCCGUUUUGCCGAGGGCAUCAUCAGCAUCAUCAACACCAUUACCAUUGUCAGCGUCUAAACAGUCACCUUUCCCGAGGGAUCAUCAGAGGAAGGUUUCGCCAUCACCACGUGUCACACCAAAGAGGGAGGAUUUCAGGGAGAAAGAACACCAUAACAACUCAUUUCCAAAACCUUGGCCAGGAAGUAAUACACCUGGACAUUUAUUUGGACCACAAGUUUCAUUAUCUCCUGGACCCUAUAAUCAUUCCGGCUACCCCCAACAACCAAACCACAAUCCAGGGUUGUCCCACAGUAUGUUUGCAUCCCCCCUGCCACCUGGCCCCUCAUCAAACCUAGGAGCAGGGGCAGCACAAUUGAGUUCACCCACAGAUUCCAUGAACGUUGCAGGUCAAGAAAUUUUACGUGAAGAAUUGAACAGACGAUUUUUGUUAUCACAGGAGAGGUCGACGUCUUCAUUGAUAGGUCCUCCACCAUAUAUGAAAGCAGACAUUCAUCAGCAUCAACACAUGCACCAACACCAACAUCAACACACACAUCAACACAUGUAUCCCAUAAUUCCACCAUUUACUACAGGGGCCAUGAUCCCAAAUCCAGCUCCAUUACCGGUCAAUAAGUUUGGAGAUAAUCCCUUAUAUCGCAAUUUUGGUAUGCCACCUGGUUAUUCAGGAUUAUCUCCCCUGAUGCCACCUUCUGGUGGCCUGUCGUCCACACUGACUGGAGCAUUCCAGCCCAAGAGGGUAUCGACAGGGCUGCACCCUUCACAGAUGCUGCACUCCCUACGAGACAGAGAUAAGAUCCCAUCAGCUGCCACUUUGCCUGCACAAAAAAAGCCAGGGAAAUGGAAUGCAGUCCAUGUAAGGAUAGCUUGGGAGAUUUACCAGCAUCAACAGAAACACAUAGAGUUACAGAAAGGUCAGGAAGGGAAAUCAAUGGAGCCGUUACGACCUCCGAGUCAUCUCUUUCCUGGAGCUUCAUUACAUAGACCCACUGACCUCUCUGCCUCCACGGGACUGUUGUCUCAAGGUUUGUGUUUUUUUGGUUCUCAUGGCAGAAAUAGUCUAGAACAGCCACCUGGACAUAGCGGUUUCUUAAAUCCUAUGCAUUCGGGUAAGAAGGGUGCUUCCCCAUUUCCAAAACCAUCACCUUAUUCCAUGUCAAACCCUCUUGGUUUUGGAGGAUUGGGUUCAUCUGGGGCAUUUAGUGGGCGUGGUGAGAUGCCUAAUGUUCCCGGACUGACGUCACCUCACGAGUGGAACCGUUUACAUAGAACUCCUCCAACAUUCCCUGGUGCCCAGGCAGGCCCCUGGAGUAAACGGGAAGAUGGAGAGAUUGAUCGUGGGGACAGGGGACCAGAAGCUGGGGUUUUAGCAUUAGACAGAAGACGGGAAGAAGACAGAGAAAGGGAGAGAAGAAAUGGCGAACAUGACAGACGGGUCAGUUUAGAAGAAAGGAGUAGAGAAAGAGAAUUAUCUUAUAUGAAAGAUGCACAUGCAUCACGAUCUAGAUCUAGGUCAAGAUCACCAUUACAAAAUGGUCGUGUUGGUUCUGCUAAAUCUGACAGUAGCUAUGAAAGAAGAUUUGACGAUAAAAGUGGACUUAAAAUUAAGCAGGAGCGUCGUGAGGAGGAUUUAAUUCUUCAUGCCGAAAGGGAUAAACUAAGGACAGACUAUUUAUUGGGUCGUUCCCAAGCAGUUAAUCCAAUGAACUUCAGUAUGUUGGAUCGUGCUAGACUUUUAGGGGCACCGUCCCCAUACAUGUUUGGUGACCGUGUGCCACCCCACCCUGCAUUAUUAAGUCAAUAUGAUAAAAGUCCGUUAGAAAUGAACUUAGGUCAGCAUCAGUUUCAGCUCCAGAGGGAUAUGGAAAGGGAGCGAGAGAGAAUGCUGAGCCGAAUUCAACAUCCAUCAUUGUUUGAUCCAGAACAGUUACGGAAAGAAGAACUAUUUUUACAGGAUGAAAGAGUGCGAAGAGACAUAUUAGAGAGAUUGCCAUUUUAUGAUCCACAAAGAAUGGCGUUUGAGCAAAGCAGAUAUCCACAUUUACGUCCUCCUGAUCCGCUGUCAGCACACUUUCCCCGGACAAUUAGCCCGAUGAUAGCGCAUGCAAAAGGGGGUUCCCCUGCCGGGUAUCCUCCCCCGUUAAUACCUUCCUCUAGUGCUACUCAAUCUCGGACUCAGUCUCCGGCCAUUGGGCGGAGCAAACCUAGUGCAACAGAGACUAGUGACAAGAGAGAUAACUAUUCCAAUGAUCCAGGUGUUCACAGCAGAUAGGAGAAGUUAUCUCCCUUAGAAUAGUGUUGUAAACAUAUUGUAAAGAUGUAAUCUGUGCUUUAAAAGCAGAAAUGUGAUCUCGUUGGCAGCUAUUAUUUUUUCAUUUUUUUUUGGUUCCUUCUGAACUACAAGAGUCCCAAAAUUCAUACUGUAUACAAAGUUCAAAUUUAUCAUGUUUUUUUUCUUCACACAUGUCACAGUUGGCAUGCUAAAUUUUCCAUUGUAACUUUGGUGUAAUAUCAAUAAAGUUGGCUAAUUGCAGAAUACAGCAGGGGUUUUAAAUUUGAAUUUGAAAUUGAGAGGUAUUAUACUUAAUAGAAUUUCCCCUCCAAGAAAACACCAUUAUUUAUUUGCACUGAAUAACUUAUAAAGAUUUGGAAGAUUAAAUGCGUUGACAUUAAGUUAUUAAAAUUUGAAACGAAUUCAAAAAACAAGUCUUACUUAAAUUAUUCUGCAAUUUGUCAAAUAGAUGAAAGAAGUAAUUCAUUGGACAUUUUAAAUUCACAUAGAUAUAUUCCAUCUAUUUAAAUUGUUUGUUCAUUGUAUCAAUUAUCUAAAUCAUUUCUGAAAUUAUAGGCAUGUUGUGAGUAAAGAAGGAACUAGAGGGUAUUAAGAUUGAUUUUUUCCUGCAUUUCCAGGUGCAUUUAGAUAUGACAUGAAAUGUAAACAUUAAGCAUAUGCUUCUUAUUGACUAAAUAAGUAGGAAUUUUUCUAAUAAAAAAAAAUGAUGAUAUCCAAGGUAUUUGUUUCACAUAUAAAUGUAUAGAACGUUUAAGUCUGUCACCACUUUUUUUGGUAGAAAGGUGAGCUUGAUAAAUUAGCAAUUUUUUUUGGCAAGAUACACUUGGUUAAUCAACAGUCUAAGAUACUGAUAUUUUUUAGAUACAUGUAAAAAAUAGUGUUUUACACUUGGCCUUACAUAUUAUGUCUUAAAAAUUCUUUGAAAACUUAGAAGUUGGUACAUGUAUCAAAUACACAUUUAUUAGUUUGUUAUUCCAUUUUAUUGUUUGGUAAGGAUUGUGUCUGUUCAGUAAAGUACAUGGGUUUUGUCUUAAACCUACACCCAAUAUUUAUUUUGAAUAUUUUUACUUUGUAUAAUAAUUUUUUAGUUUAAAGGUUAAAUAUAUCUUAUGUCUGUACAAUUUUCUAAAUAUUUAUAGUUUGUUGCUGUCCAUUAGGAAGAUUUUGUGAUGUACUAAGGUUUUAAUUAUACAGUUUGUGAAAUUCAGUUUCUCAUUCAACUUUUACCAAUUUUAAACUUUUGCUGAAAUUUUUUAUUUAAUUAUAGGGUAAAUUUCUACUCUUUAGAAAACACUUUGCCAUUGUAAUCAAAUGUAGAGAUAACAUGUUUCCUACAAGAUAGUAAUUUGAAAACAGUCUUAAAAAAUGUGUUAGAUUUAUUUUUAGAAAAUAAUGAUUAUGCAAUAAAUUUGUUAACUGGUAUUUUUCUUUCUCCUUUCCAAUUUUCAAUGGGGAAAAAAUUGAUUAAUUUACAUUGGCAAAAUACAAGAUGACAUUGAUAUUUACUUUUUUUGUGCAAGGUAAUUUUAUGGCGUAAAUGUUAUGUGAAUAUACUUGAGGGAAAACAGAUUUAAAAAUAAGGAAACAUACUGCUAUAUAAUAACAAUUGUUUUGUUGGUUGUUUUUUUUGUGAACAACUUUUCUUAGUACCCUUUAUUUACCUGUGUUCUAUUCCAUUAAAAGAUUAUUUUUUUAAAUCAUCUAAAUAUUUUAGCAUCAUCAUUCCCAUACAGUCUGUUUAUAUAUAUGCAGCUUUAAAUUUUUCAUUUUUUUUAGCUGAAAUCCUUUUUAAUAAUUCCUUUUUUUAUUGAUUGAUUGGUUGUCGCUUGUGUUACUACGUUAAUGUCCAAUGGUCAAUUAUUUUGAUUCCUUAAUGCCAUCAUCAAUAUUCAUUGACAUACUUCAGGUACAGCGACCCCUUAUCUAACCUUUCUAUUUUGCUAUUUGAUUACCAACUUUCUGAUUUGUUCUGUAUUUUUGUAAUUUUACCUUUUCCAAUACAAAGUAUUAAUUUUUCCAAAAUGAACGUUUUAUUUUUUUUUUUAAUUUUUCAAGGACUAAAUGAAAAAUUCCCUGCCGUUCCUUCUAGUCAAUUGAUUUUGCAACACCUCCCUGUCGGUUUGAUUGUUGUUUGUUCUUGUCUAAAAACCAAAAAACAUGAAAUAUUUGCAACUGGACAUUAAGGAAACGGCAACCAAUCAACUUUUAAAAGACUGUGCUUCUUGAAAAGAAAACAAAGUAUAAAUUGAAAAUCAAAAAAAAAAUAAACAAAGUAUAAGAUGUACAUCUAGAGAAAUAGACAAAGAAUAAAAUGUACAUCUAGAGGAAUAAAUCAAAGUAUAAAGUGUACAUCUGAAAAAACAAGCAAAAGUAUCCUUGUACAUGUGAAUAAAUAGACAAAGUAUAAAUGUACAUCAAAUAAAUACACCAAGUAGAAAUUGUACAUCUGAAUAAAUACAUUAAGUAUAAAUUUACAUCUGAAUAAAUACACCAAGUAGAAAUUGUACAUCUGAAUAAAUACAUUAAGUAUAAAUGUACAUCUGAAUAAAUACACCAAGUAGAAAUUGUACAUCUGAAUAAAUACAUUAAGUAUAAAUGUACAUCUGAAUAAAUACACCAAGUAGAAAUUGUACAUCUGAAUAAAUACAUUAAGUAUAAAUGUACAUGUGACUAAAUACACUAAGUAUAAAUGUACAUGUGACUAAAUACACUAAGUAUAAAUGUACAUGUGACUAAAUACACUAAGUAUACAUAUACAUGAAGUUUAAUACACAAAUGUUAGAUUGUAUGAGUUACUAUGUAGUAGAUUAUAUGGUAUUAUUGCAAUAUUGUAGAAAUGAUCUCAUUCAUUCAUCAUUAAUUUGUAUUUAUUUAUUCGUCACCCUGGGUGUUUUAAUAGCUUAUCAUUUAUAUUUAUUUUUGCAUCACCUCAUUAUUUGUUGAUUUUCAUUUAAAAUUGAAUUAUGCCAAACAUUUUAAUUUGUAGCUUUCAAAAAGUAUGGAAAAUUUAUAUUCAAGGGCUAUGUUAAAGUGUAUUGGGCAAUUGUGUUUAUACUAUAUUUAGUACCAUGUUAUGUUAACAAAAUAGCACUGAUGAAUUAUUCUGUUGUUGCAUCACAUCUUAUCUUAAGUUUGUCAUUUUCUAGAAAGGUAAAUGCAACCAUUUAUGGAGUUCAUUUAAAAAAAAUUUAAAGUUGAAUAUAUUAGCCUGUUUAUUCAAGGUGUGAAUAUAUCUUAUGCAGCACAAAGUGCUUUUAACUUUUAUUAACAUGUGUUAGUAGUAUACCUAUACAUUCGGGUACUAAAGUCCAAAAUACUUGUGAAAUUUUUAUCUAAUCUACAAAAUAUCUAUUUCCAGUGAUCACAAAGUAUGACUUUAAUUUGUGUAUUGUUGUACACUGUAGGUCUGUGGAAAAGUGUUCUUAGACAUUAUAUUUUGAUUUUUAAUAAUAGCUGUUACAAAGAUUUUUAAAUAGUAAUGAAUUUUUUUUAAAAGACUUUUUUUUUUUUUUUUAUUUUGAUAUGCAUUAAGAUGUAACUUAUUACGUAUAUAUAAUAUAAAUAUAUAUAAAUAAUACAAUUGAUAUGAACAUUUUUGUACAGAAAAUCCAAAGAUUUUGAUGCAAUAUAUUAUUAUUAUUACUAUCAUCAUUGAAUGGUGAAACGUGUCAAGGACAUGUGUCACAAAAUACGUAUGUUUCUAUUAAAAAUAGAAAUAAUAAAUUAUUCAAAAAAUCA